AUGCCUUGUCUGGAAAUGAAGACUAUUAUCGCUUAUUUGGCUCUAUUCGUCCUUGGAGUUCAUGGGUCUUCGUCAGUCUUUUUGGAGGAGAAUUGCGGUGUAGUGCCUCGGUUAUCCUACAAAAUCAUAAAUGGCACUCCCGCGCGAUUGGGAAGAUAUCCGUGGAUGGCCUUUCUGCACACGCCCACCUAUUUUUUAUGCGCCGGAUCGCUUAUUAAUCAAUGGUUUGUAUUGACGUCGGCUCAUUGCAUUGAAGACGAUGUGGAAUUAAUUGCUCGCUUGGGCGAAAACAACAGAGACAACGAUAUAGACUGUGAGAACAACAGGUGCUUGGAAGCCACCCAGGAGUACAAUGUGGAUAUGCUCUUCAAGCAUAGGUUAUACGAUCCCAAGGACUUCUCCAAUGACAUCGGAAUGCUAAGGCUGGAGAGGAGGGUUGAGUACACAUAUCAUAUCCAACCCAUCUGCAUUUUCCACCAUAGACGUAUGCAGUUGGUGGUGGAUCAGAUCACCUGGUUCAAGGCCACUGGCUGGGGUCUCACGUCUACCGAUUUGAAUACCAAGUCAUCCCGCGUUCUCAUGGAACUGAAUCUCUACCGCCGACCAAGAAAUGAUUGCGCCAGAAUCUUUAAACAAAACUUUCUUAGCGGACAGAUCUGUGCCGGAAAUGAUGAUGGUAACCUUUGUAGAGGUGAUUCCGGUGGUCCGCAAGGUCGAUACGUAUUGAUUUUCGGCAUGAAACGCUUCGUCCAGAUGGGCAUCGCCAGCUUCACGUAUGAAAAUUGCAGCAAAGUUAGCAUUCUCACGGACGUGGUUCGAUAUGGCAGAUGGAUCAAAAAGGUAGUGGAUUGGUAUGGACGGUGA